AUUAUUAACUAACUUCAAGUAGUGACGCACAUGACGGCCGUUUGGUCUGCCCUUUUUGACGGCUUUUUUUCUUGAACUAUUCAAGUUAAUUUAAUAUUUUAAAUACUGAAGAUAAAAUGGCUAAAUUUGAUCUUACAUCUCGAAUAGGGCAAUAUCUUGACCGUCACUUGGUCUUCCCACUCUUGGAGUUUUUAUCAGCAAAAGAGAUAUACGAUGAAAGUGAAUUGUUGCAAGCUAAAUUGGAUAUUCUCAGUAAAACAAACAUGAUUGACUACACUAUUGAUAUUAGGAUGCAAUUAUAUCCUAAAGAAGAAGUUCCUGAGGAACUUAAAGCUCGUCGUGCUGAAGUAGUUCAAGAACUAGGAACUCUUCAAGAUAAUGUGUCGGUAGUUGUUGAAUUGAUGAACAACGAUAAAGUCAUGAAGAAAAUGGAAGAAAUGCGUGACUCUAAAGCUCUCAAUAAUUAUCUUACUCAAGAAUUGGAUUUUAAAGUUGAGAUGAUGGACAAUCUAGUAAAACUAGCAAAAUAUCGAUACGAGUGCGGCAACUAUUCAGUUUCAACUUCUUAUCUCUAUUUUUAUAUGUUGAUCAUGCCUUCAACGGAUAAGAAUUAUUUGAAUGUCUUAUGGGGUAAAUUAGCAUCUGAAAUUCUUGCUCAAAACUGGGAAACUGCAUUAGAAGAUGUAAAUAAACUACGAGAAUAUAUUGAUAGCAAUGCUAUUGGAAAUUCUCUUCAAGUUCUUCAACAAAGAACUUGGCUUAUCCACUGGAGUUUAUUUGUUUUCUUUAAUCAUGUUAAAGGACGUGAUUUAAUUAUUGAAAUGUUCCUUUAUCGUGCACCUUAUUUAAAUGCCAUCCAGACAAUGUGUCCGCAUAUUCUUCGAUAUUUAGCUGCUGCGGUAAUUGUUAAUCGAUCCAGGAGAUCAACUCUAAAGGAUCUCGUUAAAGUUAUUCAACAAGAAUCGUAUACUUAUCGAGAUCCAAUUACUGAGUUUUUAGAACACUUAUAUGUAAAUUUUGACUUCGACGGAGCACGUCAGAAGCUUCAAGAAUGUCAAACAGUUGUAUUCAACGACUUCUUCCUCAUUGCUUUAUUGAAUGAAUUUGUAGAAAAUGCGAGGUUAAUGAUUUUCGAAACUUUCUGUCGAAUCCAUCAGUGUAUUAGUAUUGGAAUGCUUGCUGAAAAAUUGAACAUGAAAGCGGAUGUAGCUGAGUGCUGGAUUGUUAAUUUAAUCCGUAAUGCACGACUGGAUGCUAAAAUUGACAGUAAGUUGGGACACGUAGUGAUGGGUGGCCAACCAGUAUCACCUUAUCAGCAGUUGGUGGAAAAAAUUGAGACCUUGAGUGUAAGAAGUGAAGCGUUAGAAAAUCUGAUUGAACGUAAAUUAAAAGCUAAGAAUCAGGAUUCAGCCAGCAGUAUGUGGAAUUAAAACGAAAAAGAAACAAAACAAAAAUCUUUCCAAUCAAUUUUUUGUAAAAUAGGAAACUAAACACAGUUACUUCAUAAUGUUUAUAAUUAAAGUUGUCAUCAUCUUAAUAAAAAAAGAACCUCUUUCUA